AACGCUCUCAUUCUCUGUUCUCUACUCUCCUUCCUUGUUUCGCUCUCAACCUAUUAUUCUCUCUCUCUUCGCCGCAAAGCGAUCAAACCCACCUCUUUUUAUCUCUCCCUUCGAUUACACUACUCGGAUUCAGCUUUUUCUCGAACACAUCCGCUAUGGAACAGAACUUCUUUGAGCCUCAGGGACACUUCGAGUCAGACGGAGAUAUUUCGGUAAAGAAGUGGAAAUCAAUGUCUACCCCUACUACUGUCUCAGACAAUGAUAGUGGCUGCUUUGAGUGCAACAUCUGCUUAGAUUCAGCACAUGAACCUGUGGUGACACUCUGUGGUCACCUGUACUGCUGGCCUUGCAUUUACAAAUGGCUUCAGGUUCCAAGUGCUUCUGAUGAACCAAACCAGCUGCAGCAAACCUGUCCUGUCUGUAAGGCUAAUAUUACUCCAUCCUCGGUGGUUCCCCUCUAUGGUCGUGGUACAGGUUCAAAAGGAAAGAAACCCAAUUUGGGUCUGGUUGUACCACGCAGACCACCACCUAGGUUGGACACUUCGUUUACAUCUACCAGCCCUACAUCGCCUUCAAGGCAGCAACUUCAUUCAAAUUAUUAUUAUACACAGACACAUCCACAGUCGGUUUAUGAUCAAUACAGCCCUUCUGAUGGAGGUUAUGCCACAAAUUCAGAAUCAGCUUAUCUUGGCAGUACGAUGUUGACACAUUUAUCCAAUCCAACGAUAGGGAUGGUUGGAGAGUUUGUGUUUGCAAGGAUGUUUGGCAGCUCAGACACAAAUUUGUUUGCUCAUCCUUAUCUGAAUACAUACCCACCGAGCAGUCCUAGGAUGAGAAGGCAGGAAGUUCAGCUUGACAAAUCUCUUAAUAGAGUCACAAUCUUUCUUUUCUGCUGCUUUAUGCUGUGCCUUCUCUUGUUCUGAACAUAUUCUUUAGUAGGUUCGCUGAUGUACAGUUAUUAGAAAUGGCUGUCAGUAUAGAUUAGACAUGCUGUUAGAGAUUUUGCUCGAAGCACUCUUUGUAUGAUCGAGACUUCUGUACAUAUGAUUUCUAAUGCCAAAUUGGUUAAUUUUUUUCUUUCCUAUU